UAAUUAUAUAUUUAAAUAAAAAGUAAUGUGUAACGCAGGGCUUUAGUUUUCUCUGAAAUCUCACAAGUGUCUAGAUAUCAUAUUAUAAUUUUUUUCGGCGUUUGUAUCAAAGCCAGCCAAGUAUAAGAUAGCGGACACAUCCUGUGACAACGCACUCAGUUGCCCAUGAAUCGUGUGGCUUAGAUGAUUAUGUAUUUAAAAACUGUUUGAAUAAUAAAUUAAAAAUGCUAAAAGGGAUCAUACUUUUGACGGUCCUUAGUGCUGCGGGUGUGAUAUCAACGCCAGUGCAAUGGCUGCAAGUGAUUCCGGAAUGGAAUGUUACGUAUGCGUGUGAGACGGUUUAUACGAGCAAUAAAUGUCAAUUUGAAGAUAUGACUUAUUUGCCGCAAGCGUGUGGGCAUAAUUUGACUACUUUUAUGCUGAUGCUACAGACAGUAAUGACAAGUACAUGUGAUAUUGCUGAUCCUUGUCGACGAACUGGGACUAAUUAUAUUAAAGAUGAUGAAGUAUAUGACUUUAUAAUUGUGGGCGCGGGAGUUGCUGGACCAGUGAUAGCACGAAGAUUGGCUGAACAAGAACCCUGGUGGCGUGUUUUGUUAAUAGAAGCUGGACCGGAAGAGCCAACAAUGACUGCGUUUCCGGCAUUUGCUUUUAAUGCGAUAAAUUCGGAAUUAGACUGGAAUUUUGAGACGGAACCGACGCAGCCUCAUCCAACGGCUUGUUUAAAAUCUGGUGGCAGGUGCACUUGGCCGAGAGGCAAAAUGGUGUCGGGCACUGGUGGAAUGUAUGGGAUGAUGUAUGUCCGUGGUCAUCCAGAAGUUUACAACAGAUGGGCACAAGCUGGUAAUAAAGGCUGGUCUUAUCUCGAUGUGGAGCACUACUUUGAACGAGCAGAGAAUCCAGAAAUGCCUGGUAUGACAUCUGGACCACCCUUUCAACGUACUAAAGCCGGAGGCCCGGUGAGAAUUGAAUACUUUCCGUACAAACCGCCUUUUGGUGAUGAAAUUUUAAGAGCGGCUUCCGAACUAGGCUAUCGGACGUCUGAACUCUACGGUGAGAGACAAACAGGAUUCAUGGUGGCUCCAAUGAUGACUCAGGGAGGAUUACGAGGAACGACGUCGCGAUUUUAUUUACGACCAAUUGUGCACAAGUCUAACUUAAAAGUACUGACGAAUGCUCGGGUGACGCGGAUUAUCAAAAAUCCGUGGACGAAAAAUGCCUGGGGCAUUGAACUGAUUGAUAAGUAUGGAGUUAAACGGAGAAUAAAGGCUGAUAAAGAAGUUAUUUUGACUGCAGGAGCUGUAGGAUCGCCACAAAUUCUUCUGUCCUCUGGAAUAGGACCGAGAGAAGAUUUAAGGAAAGUGGGAAUUACUUUGUAUCAUGAACUUCCGGUUGGACGCAAUCUUCAUAAUCACGUGUCAGUUGGUCUAAAAAUGAGCAUCAAUGAUACCUUUUAUGAAGACAUUACUCUUGAGGCUGUAAAAGAGUAUUUGAGCAAUCGAACUGGGCCUCUAACGAGCACUGGACUGACUCAAGUAACGGCUUUCCUUGAAAGUUCAUUCGCGAUACCUGGUGUUCCGGAUAUACAAAUUUUCUUUGAUGGGUAUAGUUCACCUUGUCCAAAAACUGGUCAACAGAAUGAGUGCUUUGAUGGCAACUUACAGCAUUGUCCUAUGAGACGAGAAAUAUCUGCACGUCCCACUGCGGUGGUGAUCAAGUCUCGAGGAGUAUUGACACUCAGAUCAGCAAAUCCACUGGACCGACCGGUAAUUUAUCCAAAUUAUUUCACGGAUCAGGAGGAUUUAAAAGUAUUAAUUGAGGGAGUUAAAAAAGUAAUAGAGCUCACGAAAACACAUACGAUGAGAAAGUGGGAUCUAAGACUGGACGAAACGAUACUGCCGGCUUGUGCAAAAUAUCCCUUUGGAACUGACGCCUAUUGGGAAUGUUAUAUAAGAAUGGAAACUGGCCCGGAAAACCAUCAAUCGGGAACCUGUAAAAUGGGACCCAAAACUGACCCCGACGCUGUUGUUGAUAGCGAACUCAGAUUGCACGGCAUUUCUAAUAUUAGAGUCGCAGAUGCUUCUAUAUUUCCGGAUGUUCCUAAUGCGAAUCCUUGCGCUGCCAUUAUUAUGGUCGCUGAAAAGGCUGCUGAUAUGAUUAUCAAUACUUGGGAAGGGUUAUGAUAUGUAUCAGCAUUAAAUAAAGUAAA